UUCGGUUCGUCUUCGUUGGAUUCUGACAAGAUUCUUUCUCAGCCAGGCCCAGAAGCAUUUUCCUUCGAUCGAGUGCGGUGUCGAACACAGGAGAGAAGAGAAUCGUACAGGUUCACGGUCUCGUGAAAAGUGGGUGGUGCUUGAAAUUGUGUAGGUCAAAAAAUUAAAACAAGUGGCAUAUCGUUUGCGUAAACACAACGUCGUCGGUGCAAGUGCAAAGUGGUUGACCGAUUCGGAAUCGGACGUAGAGUAAUUUUGUUUCGUGGUGUGUGUGCGCGUAUGAGAAUUUUUCCUCCCAAUCCCAACAGGAAAAGCGUGAGAACCACUCCCACCCGCUCCUAAAAACGGGGUCUCACGACGGGUCAGGAUCUUGCUUGCUUCGCAGAGAACUCGCCCCUGUGAAAAUGAGUGCACCUCCUUUUACUGGCUGACGACGGUUUUCGGUUGGCGAAUCUGUGACUGAGUGACUUGUGUGAGAGAUUGUUCGAUUUGGAAAUCUCGGGGCAGCUUCUCCCGUUUCCAUGGAUUGUGGAGUUUUCACUCUAAGGUUACGCUUGUGAUGUGUGUUUUCCUCCCUUUCGACGGUUCAAAGUCACGUAGAGUGCGGAAUCUGGCUGAUUUUGGUGUCUGCUAGGGAGCUGAUUGUGCUUGAGGUCGGUUCAAUUCGUCGGAUAUUGACGGACCAACCCGCACAGGUGGAUAUAGAGAGGGCGGAAGAAAUCUUCAAUCGGUGUGCGGUGCUUUUGUGUUUUUUGGUUGCGACUCUUCUGACGGUUCGGAAUUUUCACCGUCCGACCGUGGCUAGUUAUUGUUAAUGCGAGUGUGCUUCCUUCAGUUUUCCUCGAUAUCUUGGAAUUGAUUCACCGCGAAAGCGAUCUUGAACUGUGAAUUGUGACAGGCUGAAAGAGGUGGUGUGGGUUUUUACUUGAAGUUUUCCUGGAGCGAAUCAGGCGAAAAAACGCCCCACCCUCCGAUGUACCUAGGCACGGAUUGGGUAAGAAGGUCGUCUGCUGACAAAGAUACGAAUUUUGGAGCGUGCUACGGAUCUCUCACCGUCAUGGAUUGAUUGGUAGUGAUUAUUUUUUUUUUCGCGAACGGGAUGUUUUGUGUGGCCACCGAAUAUAAUUGGUAGACAUAGACAGACAGUAAUUGAUCAUUAGAGCCGUAGAGAUUUGACAGAAGCAGUAAAAUACAGCCUAUUGUAUUUGUGUUGUGUAUGUGUUUGUGCAGGGGGACAGGAAAAGCGUCCCCGCAUGUGGAGUGACUGAGGGUUGGAAAAGUGGAAAACUCCUCGCAGCAGUGGUAUCUCAGUGGCGAAAGGAAACAGGAGCGAGAGCGAAGGUGAGCUACCGAGUGCUAAAAGCGUGCGGUAAACAAUUUGUGAGUGCCCUGGAAUAGCGCACGUGUGAGUAACGGAAUUGUAAGUUGUAAUCCCCGGCGUGACACGUGUGUAAGUGUGACUGUGAGUUACCCACCCACUAUUCGUUGGUAUCGGUGAAAAACAACGAGCCAGAUUUGCGGUCCCAGGAUUAUCGCAAGGAAGCUGCCACCGACGUUCGCACGACUUUGUCGGUCAGUGUUACAGGAGAACCCGAAUCGAGCAGACACACCGGUUCUACAGAGGGUACCUGUGCCAAGGACCUGUUCCCCGGGUGUCAGCGUGGUGAACCCACCCGGCUGGUACUCGUGCUCUUUCUCUGUCCUUGUUCAAAGAGACUGCUGGACACGCGGUGGAGGCACGGCGCUGUUGGACAUCAUUUCAGGAGAGCCUCUCACCGCAGGACCCCCUUUCGGCGAACGAAUCUAGGCGAAAGUGAAGAUUACUGUGCCAGCCACCGGUAUAAGUCUAUAGCUCUAUUUUUGUGCUCGUAUAGUGGCGCUACCUGAUCGAAUCAGGAAGUGCGGAACAUUUUUCUACGGUGUUUAUCCGGCGUAACGCGGGACUUUCGUGUGCGUGACUGGAAUUAUCUUUCCGGUGUCGAGAGCGUGUGCUUUUUUCGAGUUUAUUUUAUUUUUGUUUUCCUUUCCCUUUCCGUGUGUUUUCCGUACGUGUCACUGGUGCACCAUUGGCCAACUGUGCAGUGAUUUAUUUACGCUGGGAAAAUUUGUUUACCCACCUACCAACUACGGGGUGGUGCUGGCACUAAACUGAGACGAGCAACUGGGUAAUAAAAAUCUCUGUGUUCGCGCUUAAUUACAUCAGAGACCCCAUUCUGAGCUGGAAAUUCAAUUGCCAUUGCCGCGAGCGAGCCGCUUCGGAAAUAGGAAAUUGUUACAAACUUGAAAAACUACACCAGCGAAAUCGAAAAUCAUCGAGUCGAAUUUCAGAAGUCGGGUGUCGCACGAGACGAGUUGUUUAUUAUCAUAAGCAAAUAUUGAAUGAUGAAUAAAGAAGACCGACUACGUUGAGGUGAUAACGAAAUUCCGGUGAAAAAGUGCUUCGUAAGCGCUCCAUUGCGUUUAGAAAGAAAAAGCAAAUCGUGAAGAAUCGUAAUCAACCGAAAUUAGAAAUAACAACAACAACAACAAAAAAUCUAUCAAGCUCUGUGUGAAAGUGCUUAGCGAGCAUAAGGAGAAAAAUACAAGUUUGUGUAAAUAGACAGGCGCAUCUUUGAAUUUAUUAAUAGAAGAUAAACGAUAACAGCAGCAGCAGCAGCAGCAACAACAACAACAACAACAACAACAAGAAGAAGAAGAAGUAAAAACGUUAUCACCAUGGCUGACGACGAAAUUCUCUUCGACGAUGUUUACGAGCUUUGUGAGGUGAUAGGAAGGGGUCCCUUCUCGAUAGUCCGCCGGUGCAUCCAUCGGGAGUCCAACCAGCAGUUUGCAGUGAAAAUCGUUGACGUUGCAAAGUUCACCGCCAGUCCCGGUCUGAGCACGUCCGAUCUGAAACGAGAAGCAACAAUAUGUCACAUGCUGAAGCAUCCCCACAUCGUCGAGCUGCUCGAAACGUACAGCUCCGAGGGAAUGCUCUAUAUGGUCUUCGAAUUCAUGGAAGGAUCGGAUAUCUGCUUCGAAGUGGUCAGACGUGCCGUGGCCGGAUUCGUGUACAGCGAAGCAGUAGCGUGCCAUUACAUGCGCCAGAUUCUGGAGGCUCUGCGCUACUGCCACGAGAACGAUAUCAUUCAUCGGGAUAUGCGACCGGCAUGUGCCCUCCUGGCGACCGCCGACAACUCCGCUCCCGUCAAACUGGGUGGUUUCGGAUCCGCCGUACAGCUGCCCAAUGGACGUGAUUCGGUGGAAACGCAUGAAUCGCACCGUUCGUACUUGAGUCCCCGAGGAAAGCUCUACCUUAAAUCCGAUGGCGAGGGUCGCGUCGGAUGCCCACACUACAUCGCUCCGGAGGUGGUGACGAGACGGAUCUACGGCAAGGCGUGCGACGUCUGGGGUGCCGGUGUGAUGUUACACGUGCUGCUGUCGGGCCGGUUGCCCUUUCUCGGCUCUGGCAAACGGCUGCAGGAGGCCAUCGCACGGGGAAGGGUGAUGUUUGACACACCGGAAUGGAAGCACGUCUCCUCGACCGCCAAGGACCUGGUGUUGAAAAUGCUCGCACCGAAUCCAAUUAAUAGGCCGACCAUCUCGGAAAUCCUCGAGCAUCCAUGGAUAAGGGACCGUGACAAACUUCAGCGAAACCAUCUCGGUGACACGGUGGAAGAGCUGAAACGUUACAACGCUCGCCGCAAGCUGAAGGGAGCAGUGCAAGCGGUCGCCGGUGGGGUCGCCCUGGAUCCACUCUGCUGUGCCGAUACGGACUCAAUGGCGAUCGGGACCGCAUCCGAGAGCCUGAACGAAUGGGCCGACGAAGAAGCCGGCCUGGAGGCCAUUCAGAAGGUUCUCGACUCAUUAGACGACAUUACCGCUUUGCAAGACGCCAAUUGCGAUCCGGAAGUGCUGGCCAGCAUGCUGCGCGACAUCAAACUGCACGAGUUGCUCCAGCUUUACGAUAGAGUUAGUAGUUCCGUUAUCAAUCCGUUGCGGGCUCCACCCGGCGAUGCCAUCAGUCGCUGCCGGGACACAAUCGAUGCCAUCAGUUCGGCCCCGGGCCACAAGUUCGGCCGGGAGAAGGCCGAACUCAUCAACCUGCUGGGAUCGCCACACAUACAGGUAAGCCAGUACACCGUACCACCAUCAGCUGGAAGUUGGAAAAUAAGAUUAAACACCUCCACGAACAGGUAGGAAAUGCUUUUCCCUAUUAUCAUGCUGCUACUGCUACCGCUGGGACCCGUUGUUGGUUCCACGGUGGUGUUCAAAUCAAAUUACGAUGUCCUCGCCCACCGUCGUCCGUCGCACGUUGGGUAGACCAGCCAGCAGCAGCUGGUCAUUUCAGGUCCCGGAUUUAUUACAACACAUUUUCCGGUGGGCACUCGAAAAUGUCGACCAGGAUUAUCAUAAACCAUCCGAGUAUGGUGGAGUACAGCUCAACCGGUCCAGCAUAAUUCAAUUAGGAUCCGAAAAUUUUUCCACCCCCGCCCCAUUAGAUUACCCUCGGGGCACCGGCUAGGUGGUAUGCCGUCAGAACUCAUAUCCGGAACUCCGGUGGCGUGGGAGAGCGUGUUUGAUGUGGUCCUUGUUAUUGUUGUACAGUUCUGGCAGCUCAUUUCAGUUAUGUUGGCAGGGGGUGAGUGACGUAGGUGCUGGGUCCCGUUUUUAUGGUGCGUGGUGGUUUUAUGGUGGAAAAUUAAUUAAACGGUCUUGAGCAGGUGAGUGAGCAGCGGAGGGCUGCCUUUGUAAAACAUUCCAAUUUUUAAAAGCAUAAAUGCACAAAUGAUUUCUUCACACCAAACAAACCAUUCCGUGCCGACCGAUAG